UCUUAUUAAAAACUGGUGUAUGUAUAUUGAGCAUUCCUAAGUACAACUAUGAAUACAAAAAAAAUAUUUAGUUUUGCUUAAACCUAUCAUUUACUAGAGUAUUGUUUGGUUGGCUCCACAAUACUAUUAAUAAUUGGGGAACACCUAAUUUACAUGUUUUGUAAUAUAAAUACAAUUCUAGGGAGCAUAUCUUUAUUCGGAGCAGAUAAACAGCCUAUUUGGAUAAAACUGCUUUAAAAAAAGUUACAAUGGAAGUUACUUUGGCCUUAUUAAAACCGCACGUGGUGCGUAACACAUACGCGAUGCAGCAGUUAAAGAGCUUAAUUGGCAGUAAUUUCAAUAUCUUGGCAGCAAAGGAGCUACGAAUAACAAAAGAACUUUCAGAGUGUUUUUACGCGGACCACAAGGACAAAUUUUUUUAUCAUCGCCUUACUACCUUUAUGCAGAGCGGCCCCUGCUACGCAAUUAUACUGCAAUCUGAGUUAUGCAUACAAAAGUGGCGUCGACUCAUGGGUCCCACCAAGGUGUUUAAUGCAGUGUAUAACGAACCGGAGUGCAUACGCGCCCUCUAUGGACUCUCAGACACUCGCAAUGCCUGCCAUGGGUCAGAUAGCGCAAUAUCUGCGCGGCGAGAGAUUGCGAUGCUAUUCCCGGAGUUCGAUAUAGGACAAGACCGUAUUGGUGCCAAUUAAGCUUACAAUGAAAGGAAAGACACAAUCUAAAGCAAUUAAUAAUUUAAUUUAAAUAGUGAAUAGUGAAUAUCACACUUUGAUAAUACAUAAUUGAUUGCAAACAGCCUA